UUUUAUUGUUAUUUCAUCAUUUAACGUGAGUUAUGCUAGAAAUAUGCAUUCCACGAGAAGAAUAUCCUCUUUUUUGAUUCUUUCUCAAAGGUUGACAUGUAAAAAACCAUGUUUUUUAAAAGUACUUCCAACUGUCGAUGGCAACCGUAAAUUAUCCAUUUGUAGUGUAAAUUUAAACAAAGAGGAGUUUCCAGAUUUAUACCCAGGAACUGAUCUAAAGAUUACAAACACAUUAAAAAUCUUAGAUCCACUGCAACAAGAAGGAAUACCAGUUUAUCAAGUUCUUAAUGCUAGUGGAGAGGUUAAGAAUAAAGAUGAAGACCCCAAGGUUGAAAAAAGUGUUUUGGUUAAUGUUUACAAAAUGAUGAUUCAGCUUAACUCAAUGGAUAAAAUACUUUAUGAAUCACAAAGACAGGGUCGAAUAUCAUUUUAUAUGACAUGCUAUGGUGAAGAAGCAAUUCAUUUUGGUUCUGCCAGUGCAUUAAAUGAUGUGGAUUUGAUAUUUUCACAAUAUAGAGAACAAGGUGUUUUAAUGUGGCGUGGUUUUCCAUUAGAGAGUUUUAUGAAUCAAUGUUAUGGAAACGAAAAUGACCUUGGACUUGGGAGACAAAUGCCAGUGCAUUAUGGGUCUAAAGUUCACAAUUUUGUUACAAUUUCAUCUACACUUGCAACACAAAUGCCAAAUGCGGUUGGGGCUGCAUAUGCAUUAAAAAUGCAGAAAUCUAAUAGCUGUGCAGUUUGCUAUUUUGGUGAAGGUGCUGCAAGUGAGGGUGAUGCACAUGCUGCUUUUAAUUUUGCAGCUACAUUAGAUUGCCCUAUUAUAUUUAUAUGUAGAAAUAAUGGCUAUGCUAUAUCUACUCCAGUUAAAGAUCAAUACAGAGGAGAUGGAAUCAGUGCUCGUGGAUCAGGGUAUGGAAUUCCCACAAUUAGAGUUGAUGGUAAUGAUUUUCUAGCUGUUUACAACGUAACAAAAAAAGCAAGAAGUAUUUGCAUCAAUGAAAACAGACCUGUUUUAAUUGAAGCAAUGACAUAUCGAGUUGGACACCAUAGUACUAGUGAUGACUCAAGUGCAUAUCGGUCAGCUAAUGAAGUAAAAUAUUGGAAAGAUAUUGACUCUCCCAUAAAUAGAUUAAGAAAUUAUUUGGAAAACAAAGGAUGGUGGUCUGAGGAAGAAAAUGAAAACUUGAAAAAAGAAGUUCAAAAAAAUAUAAUGCAAGCUUUUUUGAAAGCAGAGCAAACAAAAAAACCUGCAGUAGUAAAUUUGUUUUCAGACGUUUACGAUUCCUGGACACCUAGAAUAAAAAAGCAGUAUGAAGACACUAUGAAGCAUGUUCAAAAAUAUCCAAAUGAUUAUCCCACUAACAAGUUUGCAACCUAAAUAAAUAUUUUUUAUGUUUUAGCAAAUAGUUAUGACACAUGACAUAAAUUCUCACAAUGGUUUAUGAAACAUUGUAAUAAUUUCUUUUCUUACUCUCUAAAAACUUUCAAACAAUUUGUAAAAUCCAUUAGAUACAUUAAAUUAAAAUAUAAUGAAAUUUAUUUUA